UUGUCCUGGUCCAUAUCCCAUCCCUAUCUCCAAUUGCUUAAGUCUACAGAAUACACUACAUGUACAUUGUAGUAUGCAUAUGCCUAACAGGCUAUCACGUACGGAUGCUGACGUUGAGUAACGGGGAUCAACGUUGGCGCAUCAGUCAGCACCGUCAGCACCGUCAGCCAGUGACUAGGGAGUCGGGACCAUGACUUCUUAUAAGAACCACAGGGACGUCAAGAUGGGUUCAGCUAGACUUCAUAAAAGUAGGGGGACUUUUUUUCCUGGCGGUACCGUUCAUUCUUUCGUUUCAUUCUUUACAUUCCACAUUCUUUUAACCAUUGACCAAGCUUGACUACAUUCAAUAUGAGAGCAGUCAACACUUUGGCCAGUCUGGCCAUGGCCGGGCUCGCUGCCGCAGAAAUCCGUAACCUUGUAUACUUCGACCAAUAUCACACGUCCAUCCUUCCCGGAAAGAACAUCACAGCAGGCAUCACGCAUGUAGCUAUGGCCUUUGCCAAUUCCUCUCUCUUCGCAGCUGAGACAGCCGGCACUUUCAAGCCGUGGAUGCCUAUUGACUCCGUUCGCGCCAUGUUCGAUAACGGAACUAAACUCGGUAUCGCAAUAGGUGGUUGGGGCGACACAGCCGGCUUCUCGGCCGGCGCCAAGACGGAGGCCAGCCGGGCUACAUACGCGAAGAACGUCGCUGCCAUGGUUGAGGAGCUGGGUUUCGACUUCGUAGACGUCGACUGGGAGUACCCCGGCGGCAACGGCCAAGACUACAAGCAGAUCCCCAACGCGAACAAGACUUCCGAAAUCAUCAGCUACCCCCAACUCCUCCACGCAAUCAAAGCCGCCAUCGAACCUAAGCCACUCUCCAUCGCCGUGCCAGCCAAACAAGGCGACCUAAUCGCGUACACGGCCGCCAGGGCCCCGGCCAUCUUCUCCGCUGUCGACAUGGUCAACGUGAUGUCCUACGACAUCAUGAACCGCCGCGACACCACCACCACGCACCACAGCUCCGUCGCCGGCUCCCUCGAGGCCGUGCACCGGUACCUAGAGCUCGGCUGCCCGCCCUCCAAAAUCAACCUCGGGCUCGCCUACUACGCCAAGUUCUUCGAGACAGCCCCCAACGCAACCUGUACCCACCCAAUCGGCUGCCCAAUCGUCAAAGCCGAGAACGACGACGGCAGUGACGCUGGCACCUCCGGCGCUGUCACCUUCGAAAAGGCAAACGUAUUCCCCGCACCACCACCCACCAAUCUAACGACGAGUUCCGACGGUACCUGCGGCGCGACUAAGGGGCUCACGUGCACCGGGUUCGGCGAAGGCACCUGCUGCUCGCAAUACGGCAACUGCGGGUCCUCAGCCGCGCACUGCGGACUCGGAUGCCAGUCCGGGUUCGGUACGUGCACGGGCCCCGACAUCAGCGCCGCAUUCCCGAAGGCCCUGGCGAACGGUGUCCUCGACGCCCAGCAGGGCGGGAUGUGGUACUGGGACGCCGAAAACCGCCUCUUCUGGACCUGGGACACGACUGAGCUUAUGAAACGCAAGUUUAAGGAGAUCAUUGAACCGAUGGGGCUAGGCGGCGUUAUGGCGUGGAGUUUGGGCGAGGAUAGUGCGGAUUGGAGCCAUAUUACUACGGUCGCGAAGUUGGCGAAGGGGACGAAGGCGCCGCUGGAUGAGGCCGAGGGGGAGGGAGGGGUUAAGAGGGCGGUUAGGAAGUUGAGGGGACGGAUUGCGAGACCGCAUGGGCGGCAGUGGGCGCAUUAAGUACCUAGGUAGGUGCUUGCUUGUUUAUGUGUAGGUAGAGAUGGGUGAUGCUAUGGUACUAGGUAUGGAAAAUUGACGUUAUGUGUUUGGAUUUUUUGAGAUGCUAGGUAUGUAGGUCGCCGUGCUGGCCUGUUCGCUUCGCAAUGUAUAUUUUUCUUGGGAUUGUUGGCUUUGAUGAUGUUGUGCUUGUGAAUUGUUGUAGGGGAAUAGUUGAGUUGGUGUGUACGUGCUAUUAGGCUGAUGAGCUGGUUCGGAUAUAACAACCUAGUACUGGC